AAAGUUGAUUUCGUCAAUCUUACAUUGCCGAGCAGUCUUAUGAUUGUCAAAUGUCAUAUGUUUUUCCCUGAUUACCUCUUGACAUACUUGGGUUGGAAAAUUAAAGAAGUUACAGGGAUUUCAUGUCAUUAACAUAUACUCGUCGCAUGGAACCUUUUAUAGCGAAACUCCUAAGGACCAAUAUAAUUUAACGCCGUCAAGGAUAACAAUAAAAAACAAUUUAAAAAUCUCUUUAUCAUUCAAGUCAAGCUUGGUAUUAUCUGCCAACAACAAUUUAGUAAACGCGGAAAAUAUUCUGUAAUUUCAAAACAAAAAGUCAAAUACAAAGAGAAUAACGGUAACCAGCAUUCAAAUCCAAAUCAGCAGCACUCAAUCAAAUACGCGCAAAAUGUUUUGGCUCUGCAGCGUGUCACUCUCAUUAUUGGAUUAUCGUUUAAUCGCAAUAAAUGCAUUGAUUUACGAUUUAAUUGCAACGGAAAUUGUAAAUGCGAAUGCCCGCGUUGUUGUUGCGGCCACCUGCAUGACAGAAUUUGACAAAUCAGCAACACGUGGAAUAACAGGAACAAAAACAAUAGCACCAACUAAUACCAAGCAACAAUGGAUUGCACAUGAAAUGUCUAUUACAAGUGAAGCAACAACAAUGAAAACAACGACAACAAAAACAAGCACAAUACGCAGCAAUGCCACAGCUGACGUGGCAUUUUUCGGCCAAAAACUGAGUGAUGACAGCGAUGACGAUGAAAUAAGUACCAACAACAACAGCAACAACGAAUGUACACAAACAACAAAUGAUAGAAGCAACAACACCGCAGAACUGGCAGUACCAGCAGCAAGUGCCAACUUCACAUUUGUUUCUACUGCUGCUGCAGCAAGGCCACUUGCUAUGUGGGCGCACAACAACACUAUGACCGUUAUGCCAACAAUAAAUGGACGCGUUGACAAUUUUCGUAAUGGCAAAAAGCAAACGAAUGAACGCACCACAACAACAACAAUGGGGACGGCGACGGCGAUGGCAGCAAAGGUCGAACGAAAUGUGGCAGCCUCAACAGUUGCGGUUGUGGCACCAAAACGAACAACAAUAACAAAGAGGAUUGCAGCAACGUUAGCAAAGCGUCCCACAAUAAAACCAACAGUCAUAACAACAAUAAAAUCGACAGCAAUGCAUUUGACGACAUCAGCGUUGGCCACGCCAACGAUAAUGACAGCAAGAACAACUGAAGCAACAACAACAACUACAGCAGGCGCACAAGUUGCAGAGUCAGCAAUAGACAAUACAGCAACAGCCGAAGCGUUCAAAGUCGGCUCCAAAUGGGCAACAGCGUUAGCAACAACAACAACAGCAGCAACAGCAGUGAGGCAUGCAACACCAUCAUGGCCAACAUUGCGCAGUCAUGAUUUAUUAUCGUCAACAAAUGGGAUGCCAAAUUGUCGUAACGCCAUGUCCGUGUGUGUGCCCACAGAAAAAUCGCAUGCCGAAACAAAUAUUAAUACAGCAGCAACCGCAACAACAACAACAGCGUUAAAGCAGACUACACUUGCACCAACAACGACAGCCAUGAAAUCAGCAACAGCAGCAUUAUUGUCCACAUCAUCGGCAGUUACGAGCACAACGACGUUCCAACGCACACACGUGACGGCUACUGCGUCGCAUGCAGCAACGACAACAAACGCAGCCGCUGCGUUCAAAGCAUAUGUAACGAACUCACUUGACACAACAACUAACAGAGUUGCAUCGACGCCAACGGGGUCUCUAACGCCUUGUUCCACUUACAGUUCACCCGCAACAACAACACUAGAAGCAACAAACACAACUACCAUAACGGAUAAUGCAACUACAAAUUCAACCGCGGCAGCAUUGCAAACGCAGUGGCAACGCAUUCUGUCGCGUCGCAAACGUUAUCUUGCAUUUCCGGAGGGAACGUCAUUUACCGUCUCAGUCUGCGUUACAGUGGGUAUCAUUGGCAACCCCAAUAACAGUUUAAUGGCCUAUGGUCUCAAUUGGGGUAUCGCCUAUGAUUUGCCCAACGCCUCAUGGGUGCUCAAUCAGCUGCAUGGUCUCAGCCAACGUCCGAGGCCGAUGUCUGCGCAUCAUAGACGCAGCAAGCGUACCAUCUAUGAGCGUAUCGCUGAAACUGUGGACAACAUGGGCUAUAAUGGUCGCAACUGUGUGCUGCGUGCUUUGUGCGAGAGCCGUCAGUAUUUUGCGCGCACGAAAAUGGGCAUGAUUGGUGAGAUUCUACGCGUCAUCUUUAGUUUGCCAAAGCAACGCAUAUUUAGCCGCGAGUUACAAGAUAAUUCCGAUAUUGUCGACUAUGACCACGCCUACCGCAAAGCCCGUUCGCUGGACUGCGUCGCUCAGUAUGACUGUCCGUUUUCGCUGCUUGAAUUAGCUUUUGGAAAGUAUUUGAUUCCGCCUGUUGAUUACUAUGGUAACUCAGGCAUGUGACAGCAAGCAUUUUUGCAAUACAAAUUUAAUAAAUAUUCUAUAUUUCUAUACAUAUAUGUGGCUUUAGAUAUCUAUAAA